CAAGUAGUAGUAACAAAGAAAAUCCUUACUCUGCUACAAGUACUAGUAAGAAAGAUAUGAGUUCUAAUAAUUCUAAACAAAAGAAACCAUUAACUAACUCUUCUAACUGGGAAGAACAAGUAAUCCAAGAGCUUGAAAAAGAAAAGCCUAACAUAUCUCAAGAAGCAGAAAAAAGCAAAAACAACAAAAACAAAACAAUAGAUGAAAAUGCAUGUGAUGCUAUGCAAAACAAUACUAACAUAACCAAAACAACAAAUACAUAUAUCAAAACAGCAAAUGAAUCUUAUCUAGAAAUACUUACAAACACUCUGA